UUUGCGUGUAUAAAUCCAAAGGAUUUUCCUGGUAUGAAGGCUAGUUCGGGGUUGACGAAACGGUUGAAGGAGCAGGGGUGUCUGAUUAGUAUCAAGAAGGGGAACGAGAAGAGGGAGACGCCUGGGGGUGGGGGUGGGGGUGGUGGGAGGAGGGGGGCCGAGGAGGUUGAGGAGGAGGAGGAGGAAGGGGAGGGGGAUAGUGAGGGGGAGGGGGAGAAGAGGGGGAGGAAGAGGGUGAAGAGGAGCGCGUGA